AUGUGUUCGGUGGUCGCUGUGUUCCUUGGCGUGCUGCUAGCCUGCCUAGGUGGACCGGUCAUUGGGGACGAGUGUCAGCUUCCCGAUGACCUCCGAGCGGAAAUAGCUGCCUACCAACCGGUGGUGGACACCAUAUUCGAGCGCAUCGUUACGGGUGAGUUUGCGGGGCAAACGUGGCACAGUUUGCUGGAGUUUACGGACCGCUUCGGACCCCGGCUAAGCGGGAGCAAGCAACUGGAGGAUGCGAUCGAUUUCGCGGUCCAAGAGAUGAUGGCCGAUGGGCUGGAGAACGUGCACACGGAGGAGGCCAUCGUGCCGCACUGGGUACGAGGCCGCGAGUGGGCCGAACUGGUGGAACCGUUCCCAAAGAAUCUGCCCAUGCUCGGGCUGGGUCUGUCCGUCGGCACAUCAUCGGUCGGUAUCACCGCGGAAGCGAUUGCCGUUGAAUCGUUCGAAGAGUUUGAGCAACUGGCUGACAGCACGGUGAGCGGCAAAAUUGUGAUCUUUGCACCGGUGUGGACGGGUUACGGUCCCACGGGCCGCUACCGGUACGAGUCGGCAUCGGCGGCAGCGAAAAAGGGUGCCGUCGCGGUGCUUAUCCGAUCGAUGACUCCGUUUUCGAUCGGAACACCGCACACCGGGGCACUGCGCUACGAGGCCGGCAUAAGGCAGAUACCGGCGGCAGCGAUCACCGUUGAGGAUGCCGAGUUGUUGCUGCGGAAGUAUCGCCGGGGAGACCAAUUGGUCGUUCAUUUGAAAAUGGAUGCCACCAAUCUGGACCCAACGGUGUCACGGAAUGCGGUCGGUGAGCUGCAGGGUAGCGUGCACACGAAUACGUCGGUGGUCGUUGUUUCGGGACACAUGGACAGCUGGGACGUUGGAACCGGAGCAUCCGAUGACGCAGGUGGUGUGUUUAUCUCGUGGAAAGCACUCACGUUCCUGAAAGCGAUGGGAUUACGGCCACGGCGUACGAUACGAGCCGUCUACUGGACGGCCGAAGAACCGGGCCUGAUCGGAGUGAGCGCUUACGAGCGGCAACAUUCGGCGGAAGAGAAGGAAGAGUUUAACGUGUUCUUUGAGUCCGACGGCGGAACGUUCGAACCGACAGGGCUGGACUUCUCCGGGAACAGUGAGGCGCAGUGCAUUUUUGCUGAAAUUUCAAAGCUUAUGAGAGGCUUCGAAGAAUUCACGUACACCACCGGGGUCGUUAGUUCGGACAUCGGCAACUGGUUGAGUCGCGGUUUUCCCGGAGUAUCGUUGCGCAAUAAGAACGAAAACUAUUUUUGGUAUCAUCAUUCGGACGGCGACACGAUGGUGCUGGAAGAUUCGGCCGAUCUGGACAGAAGCACCGCGCUGUGGGCUGCCGCGGCGUAUGUUAUUGCGGAUUUGAGCAUCGAUAUUCCGAAAGAUGUGACCGAUUAUAGCGACAAACUGUGA